AUGACUGAGUCUGUUAAAAUACUAACCACCAAUUAUCUGGAUUGGCAUGCCAAAUUAACUGGGUUACCAAGUAUUUUGACAGAUAAGAUUCGUUCCAAAUUGUACAAAAGAUAUAAAAAAGAAACUGGAAAUGAGCCAUGGCAACUAUCAGAAGUACAUAAAUCGGAAGUUAUAAAUUUGAUACCAGAAAACAAAGCAUCAUCUUUUCCCAAGCAAUGUGAAGAAGAAGGGCCUAUCACUUUCGAAGCCAGACCCAAUCCAGAAUUAAUUAUCAAAUCCGUCUUAGAGCACUUCCCAUACUUGAAAUUCGGAAAUAGUUUUAGAGGGAUUGAUAAUUAUAAUUUUACAUCACCUCAGCCGUGGAGCUCACCAUGUCCUAUUUGCGAUGGAAUACAUGGGAAUUAUGGAUUACAUGGCAAGUGGUACUGCGAAGAUGGGAAUCAGUUCCCUUAUGAUCCUGAAUUAGCGAAGUUCUAUUCUCAAGAUAAGUUGGAAUAUUGUCUUACCUGCAACACUUCAAGCAAUAAACUAAAGUUCGCAAUUGUGGCUUAG